CUAUUCUUGUGUUUAUAUUUCUAGUAUGUUUGGUCAGGUUCUGGUUCUCCCUAGUAAAGGUUCAUGGAUAAAUCAUGGAUUGAUGAUGAUGCUAGGCAUGGCAAGGCAUAAUUGCAGGGGGUGAACCGUUUCUUAGCUUUUGCAUUUAAUAAUGCAGCUGUUGGUAGCAAGAUACUUUGUCCUUGUAGAAAGUGCUCCAACUCUUUUUGGAAUGAGGCUAGUGAAGUCCGUGAACACUUAAUAUGUGAUGGGUUUCUAAAAGGGUACAGAACAUGGAAUUUACAUGGGGAACCCACCUUGUCUGUGAAUCAUGUGAACUGACAGAAAGAACCAUCCAAGAAGGCGAUGCGUUUGCUGUUACCUGUGGAAAAAAGGAACCAAAAGGACGAGUUCGGGUUUUGGGUCUAGGACCAACUCUCCAAACUGUUGGUACACCAGGAGUCAAGGGUUACACACCAACAAGGGUUCAAAUGCAUGUUCUAGAAUGUAAAAGGAAAGAAAGUCACCAAGUAGCUCUAGAACAACGCAUAGCCGAAUUGGAAGCUGAAUUGGCGCGUGAAAGGUCUAGUAUGGAAAAUAUCUCCCAGAAUGACUCUAACUCACGACACCAUGAGAGCCCAAGAUCUGAAGAAAUUUAUGUCGAGACACAUGAUGAUGCUGAAUUUCAUGAAGAUGGUGCCUAUGCAGAUAACUCUAAUGAGUAUGAGUAUGUGCUUGUGCGUAGGACCAACUCAGCCCCACCAGUCCAGCAGCCCCACCAGUCUGGCAGCUCCCCAUUUGUGCAGCCCAACACCUUUCCUGCAGCCUCAUCUAUGCAGCGCCCUCACUCUAACCUCAUUCCUACAACCAUAGUUGUUCAGCCCCCUCAGUCUUGUCCCAUUCCUACUGCCCCAAUUGUUCAGUGCUCUCAGUCUAGCCCUGAUGGUGCAGGCCCAUCAAGGAAUGGUGAUGCAAAUCACAACUCACAUGCUGACCUUAUUGGCAAAGAAGUUACUCUAUGCACUUCAUAGAGAUGAACCUGUGGCCAAGGGAAUAGUUAUUUCAGUUAAUCCUAGCACCAUGCAUGCAGGACAUGCUCUUGGAAGGAAAUAUUGUGAAGUUGUUAUCAGGUUUGUGAUGAAAAGGGAUGCAAAGCUACCUCGCCCGUAUCCUGGUGUGCAAGAGAUGGCUGAUGCUAAGGACCUGUCAAUUGCAUGGCCAUAUAACAGGAUCAAGAAAUGCAAGCCUAAAAAACCAUCCCAUGGAACAGGUAGUGGGAAGAAGUAGCUGGAAGUAGAAUGCAGCCAAUGAUUGGAUCAAAGUGCUCAUGACAAUGUGUUUUUGACUUUUUAGCUAUAGAUAAAAACUUGGGUUGGACUUACUAGAGGUGGAUCAUUUUGUAAAGAGUGGAAGUGAACUAUGAGACCUGGGUUGUGGAAUCGAAUACCUCUUGCAUUUUGGCUAAGCUUAUUUUACCUUAGCUUUUCU